GCCCAAUGAAAGACCACGACACGUGUAGAGAAAUGUCUGCGGUUUGUCGCGGUCCUGGCGUGCUUGUUAGGUUAAUUGUCGCCAAUUAAGAGAACCGCCAGUAGCCGUGUACUCUCGUCCUCCUUUGUCCAGCUAUUUAUCAAUUCGUCGCCAUUCUCACAAGCUUUUUUCCACCUACGGACACCGUCAUCGUCAUCAGCGACCCGAGCACCGUUUCCUCGUCUACCUCUAGUGCCACGUCAUCCCCGCUAAUCAUCCCGCUGACUCUCGGAUUCGUGUGCCCUCUCUUUCACAUUGCAUCAAGGGAACUUUCAGGAUUACUCGUGUAUUAUUAUUCUCCUAUCUCACAACCUGUGCUUCGUUCGAGAGAGCCUGCGUACAAUACACAACAACUGCAAUAUCCAUGGGCAACGUGAUAUUAUUAUCCUGAAUAAAAGCUCUGGGCACCAUCCCCGAGAAGAACGUGACGUAUUUCGGUGACUAUAAAUGGUGGACGAGUACGAGCGAUACACGACGGGUUUGAAGGAAUUUCAUUGCCUGGAUAAGAUCGCGAAGAACGAGAGUUCCGGCAAGAAGGGACAACUCCAGCAGUGUCAGGAACAGGAGCAAUUGCACUUGGAGCAGCAGCAGCAGCAGCAUCGCGGUAACCGCGAGGACUGGUGGUACAGCAGCGAGAGCGGUGGAAGGGGCGCAGGGGGUGCUGUGAUAAGGGAAGAAGAGGGUGAUAAGGGCGCAGCAGUGGCGGGUGAGCUGGCUUGCCUCGCAGGUUACAUGGCGGGGUAUCUGAAGGCCGCGGAGGCGACUUGCGGCCCUACCGGUGGUCCCCAGUACCACCCCCAUGGCCACCCAGCCAUGGGGGUCGGUAGCCACCCGCACCCACACUCUCACCCCCAUCCGGGGGGACCUCAUCCGGGACUGCCUUCUCCCUUCGCCCUGGCCACUCACGGACAUCCGCAUUCUCAUCCACUGGAUCAUGGACUGGCUGCUUUCCCGCAGGGCAUGAACCAACGCAAGCAAAGAAGAGAAAGGACCACGUUCACGAGGGCGCAGCUAGACGUUUUGGAAGGUCUCUUCUCCAAGACUCGUUACCCGGACAUAUUUAUGCGCGAGGAAGUCGCCCUGAAGAUUAGCCUUCCCGAAUCCAGAGUUCAGGUCUGGUUCAAGAAUCGUCGUGCAAAGUGCCGGCAGCAGUUGCAGCAGCAGCAGCAAACGUCACCGCCGAAGGGGUCGCCGCGUACCGGACAGUCGCAGAGCACCUCCAAGAUCUCGACGACCACGACGACCCCCAACAGACGCUCGUCGCCCGUUUCACCUCCGCGGGCCAAGGAAGCGCCAGGCCCGAACUCCCCGUUGCUCUCGGCCACGUCGAGCUAUCCGCGUCUAGGGGCAACGCCGACCGGUGGCAGCGGAGCAAGCAGCGCCUUGACGACACCAUCACCUCCUCUGACUCCGGGGGCCAGCCAAUUGCCGCCAUCCUCGUAUCCGCCAUCCUCAUAUCCGCCGGCCAUGAAUCAGCUUCAUCACGCAGCCGGGGAGUAUGGCUUUCCCUGGAGUUCAGCAUCCCCUGGUGCCGUCAACGCUGGACAGUGCUACGCGCCUGGACAAGGAUACAACGCAUAUCAGAACCCAUACGCCACCGGGGACUAUUAUCAGACUCAGAUAUCCCACAUGCACCACAGUCCUCAGGGCAACUAUCACCAUCAUCAUCAUCAUCACUCUCAGUACCAAUAGUAGUAGUUUGUGGCUGUUUCUUGAAUUGGAAGGAACGAGAAUUAGCGACGGGAGUGGGUCAGGGUGGCCACGUUUCAAAUACAAUGUCAUUAUAAAAUAUAUAGUAGAUUAUAAUAUUAAUAUUAAUUUCUAUCGUUUCUUUUUUUUUUUUUCUUCUCGGUAUAAACGUUUCUUUUCUCCAUUUUCUUCUCCGUACUGUUUCCUGGAUUUUACAGUAAGUCUUUUGCGUUUCCCGCUUGUCCUGUCCUUGUACGGCACAGAAGAGCUUCCUACGUGUGCACGAAUAACGAUACCGAGGGAAGGCAAAAUUGGAGUUAUGUUGUCCAAAAAUAAAAGGAAGGUUGUUCUUUUUAGAAGCAACGGUAGGGUACUAUGUUUCAGUACAAACUACGUUUUAAAAGAGUUGUGAUUGAAUAUCAUUUGUAUCAUUUUAUUGACGAUUCAAACAUGUAUGUAUAUUUGAAUAUAAAGGUGACGCGUUACUAUUGUA